AUGCGAUCAAAAAAUUUUGCAUUAAUUGCGGCUGUGGCCGAUAAUAUGGGAAUUGGUAUCAAGGAUCAAUUGCCAUGGAAACUUUCCAAAGAUAUGAAAUAUUUUGAAAGAAUAACAAAAAAAAUUUCAUUGAACAAUGAUAGCAAUGAUAUUAACUUUGAAAAUGAUAACUCGAUUUUUCAAAAUGCUGUUGUAAUGGGUCGUAAAACUUGGGAAGCUAUUCCACCAAAAUAUAAACCAUUAAAAGAUCGUUUAAACAUUGUACUAUCAAAAACUAUAGAUAAUUCAGGUUCUACAACGCAUUUUGUUUAUCCAACUUUAGAUGCAGCCAUUGAAAAUCUUAAAAAUGAUCCCAGCAUUUCAAAUAUUUUUGUUAUUGGAGGUUCAUAUGCUUAUAAAGAAGCAAUGGAAUCAAAAAACUUUUCACAUAUUUUAAUUACAAGGGUUUAUCAAAAUUUUGAAUGCGAUACCUUUUUUCCAACAAUUGAUGAAAAUGUUUUUGGAUUAGCUUCUCAUGAUGAAUUGGAGAGUUUUGUUAAUGAAAAAGUACCAAAAGGCAGGCAAGAAGAAAAUGGGAUUGAAUAUGAAUUUUUAUUGUACAAAAGAAAAAAUUUAUAA